GUAGAAUUCCUGUUGUAUUCCUAAAACAAUAUGCCUUCUCAUUUGUCACUGAAGCUGAUAUUAUUUCAACAGUUGAAUUUAAUUACUCUGGUGAUCUUCUUGCAACAGGAGACAAAGGUGGCAGAGUGGUUAUAUUUCAAAGGGAACAAGAGAAUAAAAGCCGUCCUCAUUCUAGGGGAGAAUAUAAUGUUUACAGUACCUUUCAGAGUCAUGAACCUGAGUUUGACUACUUGAAAAGUCUAGAAAUUGAGGAAAAAAUUAAUAAAAUUAGGUGGUUACCACAACAGAAUGCUGCUCAUUUCCUGCUGUCUACAAAUGAUAAAACGAUUAAAUUAUGGAAAAUAAGUGAAAGGGAUAAAAGAGCCGAAGGUUAUAAUUUAAAAGAUGAAGAUGGAAGACUUAGGGAUCCUUUGAGAAUCACAGCACUACGGGUGCCAAUAUUGAAACCCAUGGACCUAAUGGUAGAAGCAAGUCCCAGAAGGACAUUUGCAAAUGCACAUACUUAUCACAUAAACUCUAUUUCAGUAAAUAGUGAUCAUGAAACGUACCUUUCUGCAGAUGACCUAAGAAUUAACCUAUGGCAUUUAGAAAUCGUAGAUAGAAGUUUUAAUAUUGUAGAUAUCAAGCCUGCUAACAUGGAGGAGCUGACAGAAGUGAUCACUGCUGCAGAGUUCCACCCUCAUCACUGUAACGUAUUUGUCUACAGUAGUAGCAAAGGGACUAUUCGGCUCUGUGACAUGCGUUCUUCAGCACUCUGCGAUAGGCAUUCAAAAUUUUUUGAAGAACCUGAAGAUCCUAGCAGCAGAUCAUUUUUUUCAGAAAUCAUAUCGUCGAUAUCUGAUGUAAAAUUCAGUCACAGUGGUCGAUACAUGAUGACAAGAGACUAUCUUUCUGUUAAAGUGUGGGAUCUCAAUAUGGAAAACAAGCCUGUAGAGACAUAUCAAGUUCAUGAGUAUCUUCGAAGCAAGCUUUGUUCCCUUUACGAAAACGACUGCAUCUUUGACAAAUUUGAAUGCUGCUGGAACGGUUCUGAUAGUGCUAUCAUGACUGGAUCGUACAACAAUUUCUUUAGAAUGUUUGACCGAAACACACGACGGGAUAUCACUCUAGAAGCCUCCAGGGAGAGCAGCAAACCUCGUGCCAUCCUCAAGCCCCGCAAAGUGUGUACGGGUGGGAAAAGGAAGAAGGAUGAAAUAAGCGUUGACAGUCUGGACUUCAACAAGAAGAUUCUUCAUACGGCAUGGCACCCCAUGGAGAACAUCAUUGCUGUAGCUGCCACCAAUAAUUUGUAUAUAUUCCAGGACAAAAUUAACUAAAGAUGACUUUACCUGAGGACAGAGUUGUCGUCUUGCAUAGUUAAGCUCAGUUGUUUAUCUGUAAAAGAGAAGGCCUGUCGUCCUCCCAGUGAAGAACAUUGAUGCACUUACGUCCCUUUAGCUAAAGGAGAGGAUCUGGCCUGCUUUUUGAGUUCCUGGUGUAGUUCUGCCCUCAGUGGGGGUAAGGGGUGUAGCUCACAGUUUCUGGGAGAAACCCUCUAGAGGCAGAGCUGAUGGACAGUGCUCAAUACGGCCAAUACUCAAAACAAAUGUAUUUAUUUAAGUCUGAGCCUUCCUUUCCAGUUUAUAGACCAAAAAUUUAACACCCAAGAAGAAAAAUUGUCAUAAAAAAUGUAAUUUCUAUCUCUCACGCUCUUUCUCUGCUGUAAUAUUUGGGCCUUUCAAAACAUAUAUUGUGCUUAAUGCCUGUAAACAUUCCUCCUCUGGCCUGUAUCUAGGCUUAGGUGUUUUUACCUUGGAGCACUUAAGUAGGUCUUGAGUUGGGUUCGUAGACAGGUUUCCAUGACUAUUUACUCACCAACUGUAUCUAUAACCACACCUUCUGGUGUAAACCACUUAAUAAAAUAACAAACUAUACAAAGUGUUUUUAAAGCUGAAGGUAUGUAUUCAGUCUUUUUAUUUUUUUAACGCAUGUACUGAGAUUGUGCAAAAUAAUUCUGAUGGGCAGAUUUAUCAAUCUUUGCCCCAAAACGCUGAUUUUUGGCAGACUAAUACAAACUUUUUGGUGUAGUAUUUCCAAUUCUAAAUUUAGAGUUUCCAUAAAAUUGUCCUUUAGUUCCAGUUGCACUGGUUUUCUUGUGAAAUGCUGUCUGUGUACAACGCAGGAGAUGGGAAAGGUCAGCAGAAAGCCAUCCACAGCCUUAACAGAAAGUGACCGCCUGGCACAGAAGGGAAAACAAAACGCUCAACAAAUUCUCUUCUUGGAAGAUCAGAAUUCAGUUUGUCUGAUGCCUCUCAAUGUUAGAUACAUACCUUAUGUGCAUUAUGUUUUUUAACCUUUUUAGUGUUUGUCAUGAAGAUAUACUUUAUUUUAAAUAUUUGGCAUAAUAGAUUGUAUUUCACGUUGCAGUUGGAGCCAGCAGAACAACCACCUCCUGGUUCUGCCAAGCAGCAGCGCAGCGUCACACAUUCUGGCCCGUUCCGACUUGAACACCACGAUGUCGGAAAACACCGAGGCCACGACCUGGUGUUAAAUGCGGUUGUUGUAACUCUGCUCUUGUUAACUUUUUUUUAAGCCUUAGGUACUUUUUUUGUUUUGUUUUUUUGUUUGUUUGUUUUUUUCCAAAGAGGCCUAAAAUGCAUCAACCUUCUCUUCACCCUAGACUAGCCGGGGGAGAACCUGUCCCCGAAGCUGCUGCAGCACGUUUUAGUAGCAUCGAGUAGCCAGACGUGACACUCUGUGAAAUGUGCCUGCACACUAGAAACCCUUCCUGAAAAACGAGUUCCCCUGAGCUUCCCAGAGGACGUACAGAGGUGUGGUUUACAUCCAUUGUUCUUAAAAUGAAGGUGUAUCAUGAUUCCUCAAUCCAAUCUGCAUAUGCCAGAGCAAAACGUCUCCUCCUCACCCUCCCGAUUCAUGUCCGUAGAGUGCCACUCUUGUUCACAGUAAGCUAGUGAGUACAACUAACUUUGAGGUUCUACAAAUAAAGUUUAAAUUUAAAAAAAAAAAAUCUUAUACUGUAUACUGGUUGUGACACUAUUUGAAAAUCUUGACAUGUGGAACUUCUGGGUCACUAAAGCUUUAGGUUUGACCUUGUUCCUAAAUUACCUGAUAGAGCUAACGCAGUGGGAUUGUACAUACUUGUUCAAUUAUUUUGACCAAAAAGUUUAAUAAAUUUUAAAUGUUUACCUG